AUGAAUAUCGUUGAAUGGGCCUUCGGGAAGCGCAUGACGCCGGCAGAGCGUCUGCGAAAACACCAGCGAGCUUUGGAGCGAACACAACGUGAGCUGGACCGAGAACGGAUCAAGCUCGAGAACCAGGAGAAAAAACUGGUCCAGGACAUCAAAAAGAGCGCGAAGAAUGGCCAGAUUGGCGCUUGCAAGAUCCAGGCGAAAGACCUGGUGCGAACACGAAGAUACAUCCAGAAGUUCUACUCGAUGCGGACGCAACUACAGGCGAUUUCUCUCCGAAUCCAGACGGUCCGGAGUAAUGAGCAAAUGAUGCAGUCCAUGAAGGGCGCUACGAUGCUCCUGGGGAGCAUGAACCGGCAGAUGAAUCUUCCCGCCUUGCAGCGAAUCGCCAUGGAAUUUGAGCGGGAGAACGAAAUUAUGGACGAACGGCAAGAAAUGAUGGAUGAUGCCAUCGAUGAGGCGACUGGGAUUGAAGACGAAGAGGAAAGUGAAGAGAUCGUCAAGGAGGUGCUUGAUGAAAUCGGAGUUGAUCUCAGCCAGGCGCUAGGAGAAACUCCGUCAGGACUUCACAAGGAGGGCGUUGGGGAAGCUAAGGUUGCCCAGGCCGUUGGUGGUGGACAUAAUGACGACGAUGACCUGCAGGCCAGACUGGACAGUCUUCGAAGAUAG